AUGUGGGAGAAAAUUUCUUCUCUAUUCCAACACAGAGACUCGGGUGAGCGACAAUCUCACCAUUCCAGACGGCGACGUCAAUCCGACCCACUUGGAAAUUUGAGUGAACUGUCGGUGCCUCCACCGGUCGAAAACCGAAGUGACUCCAAGUUCUAUCGCCACCACAGUCUAGAGGAGAAUCUCAGACGAAAUGAACAGGGUGAAGAAAAUGAGUUUGAGGACGACGGAGGAGAUGUUAUUGUUCACCACCACGACCUUGAAGACAAUCUCGAGCUUGCGAAGGAGCUUUCGAAAGAGUUGAGAAAGCAAUCACAAGAGCUUCGACGUCUUUCCACUGAACAUGAACGUUUCACGAGGACCGAGGACCGAGGACGGGACCUGAAAGUUGCUGAGGUCACUAAUUUGGAAGAGAAAAGGUGA